UCAUGAGGCCGUGGCUGUGCUCAUCGGACCGCCUUCUGCGGGCCACCUGGUGGACGCGCUGAAGAGCUACGAGGUCAUCUUCUACCUGGCGGGCUCCGAGGUGGUCCUGGCCGGGCUCUUCAUGGCUGUGGCCACCAACUGCUGCCUGCGCCGCGCUCAGGCCGCCCCGCCCCGCCCAGGCACCGGGGACGGGGCCCGCGACUCGGAGGACGCUGAGGCCGAAGGGGACCCCGAGCCCCUGCCCGCCCCGGAGCCCAGUGUCCCUGAGACCCUGGAGUUGCUCAGCCCCGGGGCUGGGCCCUCAGAACCCGAGGUGGAGGCAGAGCCAGGGCUGGACCCGGAGUCUGUGUAGCGCAGAGGCGCGGGGUGGAGAGCUCGUGACUGCAGACACAGGGCUUCCCUGGCCGAGGGAGGCGGCUCCUGGUGGUCACCCCUGGGGGCCAGGUGCGAGCUUCCUCCCUGCCUGCCCCGCGAGCCGUGGCCGGCCCUGCCCCCGCUCAGUGAAGCUGCUGAGCCCAAAACGGGCCUGAGCGCCGUGAAACUCCAGCUCAUUAAGCUCAGCCCAGAGACAGGUUCUGCUCCUGCGCCU